AUGGGAUGCCAGCCUUCGAAAGCUAGUUACAAGAUCGUCGUCAAAACUGGUGACCAUAAAGGAGCAGGGAGCGAUUCGAAUGUCCAUAUUAUUCUUGUAAACACACAUGGGAAUCAAUCUCGCAUUAUCCCUCUUGAUUGCAUUUGGCGUAACGAUUUCGAAAGAGGUAGCAAGGAUACAUUUCCAGUCAGUGGUCUUGAAAAUUUUGGAGAUAUCGCUGAUAUUCAAUUAUGGCGCACCGGAAUUAUUUGUGAUGCGUGGUAUAUCGAAUGGAUAAAAGUGCACAAUCUUUACAACGGAAAGUGCUUCAUGUUUCCAAUAUGUCGUUGGAUGGCUUCAGAUAGGUUAAUGCAAUUUCAGGAAUAUGAUUGUGUGCUGCCACAAUUCUCGAAAUUCCCUCAACAGCGAAAGAUGGAACUCGAGGAAAAGAAAAAGGAGUAUGCGUUUGCUCCGAAAAUUGAAGGGUUGCCAUGCGAG